GUCGCGUUUUGAGAAUUUUUUUAUGAUUUCCACCCGGUCAGACUUUUGCCAAGCCGCACGGAACAUUAAUCGAGCUUUUGAUAGAGAGAAUCCGGACGAAAGAUACUGGUUUGGAAAGUUUCUUUGUCGAGAUGAGACCUAGGAAAAACCGACCCAGGGGAAGACCUUCAACGUCAAUCGAUGGCGAAAUUCUUAAGGAUGCUGUGGAAGAAAGUCCCGACACUUGUAAAACGACGUUUACCGCAUACUUUGCAUUUAAUCGGAAAAUUUAUAAAGAUGAAUGACGAGGAAUGAACGACAAGAGAUUUGUGUCAAAAAACGAGCCAUUUCUUUGGCCCAUAAUUUCAAACAGCUUAAACCGGAUCAUUGACAACGCCGAUCAGGUCGAUGCGGACACGAUAGCCCCUGUGAACAACUGUGCUACGAAUUGCACGAUGGCAUGUUCGAAUGCGAUUGCAAACAGGGGUUUUUGUUACACCACGAUGGCUACUCCUGCAUAGAGCUCAAUACAACGAUGGAAACUAUGCGGGAGGAGGCCGAAAUGGAAGAAGAUGUCUUGUACCAAAAAGACGCAUCUUUUUCCGCCCAAAUUGUAUUAGAUCCUAGUACCACGCUCAGUCCUAAUUUUGAGCAGAAGAGGCCCGAGGAAACCACCCCGUACGGUAGCGGUGCUACAGAAAGUCUGCCCCAACCUUGCGAAGACUGUGGGAAUGGUAACUGCCUUAUGGACACAUCUCGUUGUCAAUGUCCGCUGGGUACAAGCGGUGUUCAUUGUCAGUCUGAAAUAGACAUUCGUACGCCUAGGUUUUCCGGCCAGGGGUGGCUUGCGUUUCCUGCCUUAAAAGCUGCAUAUAAACACGUUCAAUUAGAAAUAGAAUUUAGGCCAGAAGUAUGGGACGGAAUAUUGUUUUUGACUGGUGAAAGAGAUGAUUUAGCUGGUGACUUCAUGGCACUUUUAAUUCAUCAAGGCUUUAUUGAAUUUAGAUUUGACUGUGGUUCUGGAGUCGGAGUUGUCCGUUCGCAAGAAACUGUCAUAUUAAAUCAAUGGAAUAGAAUUACUUUGUAUCGCCAUCGCUGGGAUGCCUGGGUGCAGCUUAAUUCAGGAAAACAUGUUCAAGGAAGAUCUAAGGGGUUGUUCUCACGCAUGACUUUUCGUGAGCCUGUUUUUAUCGGUGGCCGCGGUAACACUUCAGGACUUCAAGAAAAACUGCCAACCGAUCAUGGAUUCAAAGGAUGUAUUAGACAUUUACAGAUAAAUGAUUAUUUGUAUAAAUUCGCCGCAGUGCCCAAAGGUGAUGCAGUUAAGGGAUUCGAUAUCGAGGAAUGCAUUGCUGAUCGGUGCAGUAAAGUUCCAUGUCAGCACGGAGGAAAGUGUCUUACUUCGGAUGACUCAGCAGUUUGUCUAUGCCCUUUGGGUUUCACAGGAGAUCUGUGCGAAACUAGAUUAGACCUCCAGGUUCCAGCAUUCAAUGGUUCAAGCUAUUUGAGAUACCCAGGCUUGGGCUCGUCGGCUCUUUCUUGGUUGGACAUAUUAAUAGUGUUAAAACCAAAUGAUUUAAACGGGGUUAUACUAUACAACGGCCAUCGAUCCGAUGGUGUCGGGGACUUUAUAGCGAUGUACCUCUGCGAUGGCCAUCUCGAAUUUACAUUCGAUUUGGGAACAGGCACCGCUACAGUCAGGAGUCCAGAACCCUUGAGUUUAGGUGAAUGGCACGAAGUCAUGGUAUCUCGUACUGGCCGGUUGGCAGUUUUACAGAUAGACAAAAAACCGUCUACUCAAAUUUUAUCUCCUGGAGCAUUUACUCAGCUAUAUUUACCUCUUAAUUUAUACAUUGGUGGUAUCCCAAAUUUUGAUAUGGUCUCACCCAAAGUAAAGAUCAGAACAUCUUUUGUGGGAUGUAUACAGAAGAUUACAAUAAACAACCAACCGCUACAAAUUUUGGCAGAAGCACUAGCAGGCGUGAAUGUGAACAAUUGCCCCCAUCCAUGUGUGGCAAAACCUUGUGGCGAUGUGGCUCACUGUGUCCCUCAUUAUGAUGCGUAUAAAUGUGUAUGUGAUAAACAUUGUGAAGAGAACAAUGACAUUUCACCUACCCAUGUCGCUUCAUUUUCUGGUACAACUUACCUUCAUUAUACUGAUCCAGAAAUUUUAAACAGAGUAUUGGGCAACAAAGUGUCACUCAACAUGCGUUUCCGGACAACGUCACCUUCAGGUUUGAUAGUAUGGACUGGUAGAACAGAAGUGAGACAGGCAUCUGGAGACUUUUUAGCCCUUGGAGUUCGGGAUGGAUAUCUCCAUCUGAGAUACAAUUUAGGCAGUGGCGAGACUUUGUUAAUAUUUAAUGAUACAAGGAUAGAUGAUGGUAAUUGGCAUCGUGUCAAAGCUACAAGGAGCGAACAAGAAGGAACAUUAGCAGUAGAUCAUGGAAAAACUAUUACCAGUCGUUCUCCUGGGAAAUUGAAACAGCUAAAUACCAACACCGGUUUAUAUAUUGGUGGUAUGGAAGAUAUGGAAUUGGCUACUCAUUACAAAUACCAUAAAGGCUUCAUGGGUUGUAUAUCAGAGCUGACCUUAAAUUCAGACUAUCAUAUAAAACUUGUUUGGACAUCAGAUCUAUCCAAUCACUGCGGAGAACUUCCUCCAUAAAAAAAAGCUCCUUCCUAAAAAGUAUCGAUUGGACUGACUUAAUUAGCUUUUAAUACAAUAAGCGAGAAAGAAAUUAUUAGGGAUUUUGAAUAAUGUUGUAAGAUCAAAUCAGCUAUGUGUCAUUAAAAUGGUAUCGCUUGGAGAAAUUUAGGAGUGAACGCAUAUUUUGUCAGUUAGACAAUGGAACAAAACAUUUUCAACAUGUAUAUGAAACAUUAACUGUACACUGUAAAUAAAAAUAUAUUAUAUACAGAGUUAAUAUGCAAAGACCAAACAAAUCAUAAUUUUAUGAAGAAAAUAAAGCACAUACUUCUGUUACAAAUUAUGAAAAUAUUCAUUAACAUCAUUUCACCUUAAGAAUAUAAAUUUAAUCACUUUUAUUUUAUAUAUUAUUUAUUUUUAUUUUAAUGUACACUUUUAAUGUAAUGUGAAUGCACUUUUCUAUAUACAUUUUGUGGAUGAGUUUUAAUCAAUCUACAUACAUAUUUUUAUUGCAAAACUAAUGUUAAAUGAGAGACUUGUGUACAACUUUAAAUUGGAAAUUUUCAUUUAAAUUCAGCUAACACUCAAAAUAAACUUGUUUAGAUUAUUUCUUGUCUGAUAAUAUCCAAGUAUGUCUUCUAAGUUGAAAUCUACAGCGAGUGUGUUUAAGAAUACACUCAAACUAACCUAUUCAUUUUUUAAAAUAAAUAUUUAAACUAGAUUGUACAUAUGAAAAUGUUUUCAUUUAGUUAGGCUUUGUCUAUUAAGAAAAAAUUAUCCAUUAUGUAUUGAAAUCCGUCCUGUUUUCAAAAUCAUCAAAUUUUUUGAUAAACACUUUUAUAAUAAUUUCACGAUGCAGAUCCUUUUGAUGUAAAUACCCGUUUUUUUAGAAUUAUUUCCAACAAUUUAGUUACUAUAGAGUAGGUGUGGCUGUUGAAUUAUUCAAUGGUGAUAAGACAAAAAAACAUUAUAAAGGAAUACGGUUUGAUUUCAUGCUAUUCGUUGUUUUUGUAUAUUGAAGAAGAUUCUACAAAAGCCUUUCACAGUUUUGCCCAUAAAUUUUCUCUUAAAAUUCUAUAAACGCAUCAAGAUUUUGAAGAAAAAACUAAUAUUGUAGGAAAACUUUGAUAUUAUAUGUUACCAGUGGAAAGAUUUUUUUUCGCACGAAGAAUUCUGCUUAGCACGUUGCUAUACUUUUCAGCAAAUUUUAAUAGCAAUUUAGAAACUUGAAAACUACUGUUCAAUUUUACAGUUGUUUAAUGUUCUACUUUUAAAUUAAGUUCUACAAAACUAUCCUGUUGACAAUUUUCAACUAACAGAUAAAUGGCCUACUAUGUUAGAAAUUAAUUUGAAAUUGAUUUUCUUAAAUCUAAAAACAGGAGACUUUUUAUGGCAGUAGUUUACAACAAUAAGCGAGUGACUACUUCUAUCACUAUUUUAAACUCUUUAGAUGGGUGCUUUGUACAUUGUAUUAAUUGUUAAAUGUACUUUAUGAUAGUGGUGAUUUAUGUCAAAACAUGCAAAUCCAGCUAAAUACCUUUAAUUUUAAAGUAUGCAUUGAUCUAUGUAAGCCGAACAAAAUCAUCAAAUAUGUUCAAAAAUGUACAUUAUUUAAUUUAUUGUGCUACAAAAAAUAAAUUGUAUACAAAUUUACUGUACUUAGUAUAAUAACAAAAACAUUAUAUUUUAAUUUAACUAGUUUUAAGAAAUGAAUGUGGAAAAACUGCAGUUGAUUUAUUAUUGAUUAGUGAAUUGGUUGAUAAGUUAACUGAAAAUUUCUUCUAGAAGUGUGCAUGUCUUUCAAGUGUAAUUGCAAUUCUAUUCUUUAAAUUAUGUACAAAUUUUCAAGAACAAAUGAGGAUUUUCUUUGCAAAGGGAGGAUACGGAUGUGGGAAUGCUGAUUUUUAAAAAAAUAUUCUAGGACCCAAGAUAAAAUUUCUUUUUCUGGUCCAGUUUUCUGCAUUUGUUGUGAAUUUAUUUUAAGGUUAUUAUCUAAUAUUCAAUUUGCUUAUUUUAUAUAGGCAGAUAAAGUAAUAUGCAUUAUUGUAUUAAAUGAAAUUAUGCAUAUCAUAAGUUAAAAAACCACAAGUCAGUUUCAGUUAAUUAGGCCAAAAUAAUUUCAUUUAAAAAAAUUGGAUUUUUUUCAAGCAGGGUCUUGAAUACAAAUUUUUAUGUAAAACAAAAAAUAGACAUUUUUGGGUUUAAUAAGCAGAAACAAUUUUUGUUUCUCUGAUGUCUGUUGUUCCACUAAGUUUUGUUUAUAGGAUUCUAAGUCACUAUAAAGGUUCAUAUAGAUCAGCAAAGUCAUUUCAAAGGUAUUGACACUUCUUAUCAUUUUUCUAAAAAACCUAGGCGAAAAACCUAAGAAAAAAUAUAUUCUUUAUUUUUCAAAAAAUUGGCAUUCAGGAGUUUUUGAGGGUGCUAAAAACGAAUAUCAACUUUAUUUCUUGAUAAAAAAUAUUUUAACGUGCUAAACUAUUUAGCACGGUCUCAAUUAUGCAUUUCUAUAGCUAUGACACCUCCAAACUAUAGCUAGUAACAUAGUGACCCAGGUGCAAAUUAUAUUUUUUUUUAGAUUUUCCUUAUCCUAUGUAAAACAACUGUCUGACAUAUACCUUGAAAUACAUGCACAACAAAGUAGAAAUUCAUAUUAAAAACUCGAAUUUUUUUUCUCAGCUCCUAGAACCUAUUCACAAGAACAAUCGGACACGACACGUGUCAAAUAUUACUUGACGUAGCAUCAUAAAAAAAAAAAGUUUCCCUAAUAUCGUUGAUCCCAUGUCUGGACUUCCUUGUUACAAUAGCAUUUAUGCUCAUAUAUAUAAGUUUUUUUAAAGACCUUGUUUAUAUAUCUAUUAUAAAAUAUUGUGAAUAAAUUUGUUAAAAGCGUUUUGUUCUUGUGCUAUGUAUGAUUUAUUGAUUAUGGGUUGUGUAAUGUUUUUUAACAUAUCAUUCUUUACAUUUAGAAAACUUAAGGGUUAGAAAAUUCAAAAUAAAUAAUUUUAUUUUUCAUUAAACGUGAUUAGUUUACUGUGUUUGAAUUAAUUAAAAUUGUUGUUCAAUGGAUGUAACAGCAUAUUUUUUUCUGGGACAAAUAAACAACUAUACAACAAAUCAAGUUAUUUGUGCAUGUUAACUUUCUUCUUAACUAAUUUAGUUAGCAUUUCAUGAGUUGUGCGAAAACAAGAAAAAAACCAACACCAAAAGUUAUUAGAAGCAAAUUAAUUUAUCCUGAUGUAAUUCACUUCAAAAUUAUUUGCAUUAAUUAAAAGAUUGUAACAACAAAUUUCUUUACAAUUUCUCUAUAAAAUCUUGUUAUAAUUGUUUAACUUUUAAUGUAAAUUAUAUUCACUAAAAAGAAAAAAUAAUUAAUUAAUGAUUAUUACUGAUGAUUACAAUAGGGAAUUAAUGAAUUAUUUCUUUGCAAGUUAAAUGAAGAAUAUUCAUUUUAAAAAAUGAGAAAAAUUUGUAAAAGUUAAAGUUAUUAAUGUUAACAUGGAUACUGUUAAGAUUAGUGGAUUUUGUGAAUAGUUAAUUGAAAUAAUUAAAUUAAUAAUUUUUAAAAGAGUAAAUUAGGUGUUGCUACUACUAGCCCUCUUGACUGAUAUAUUUAUUCCUUCUUGGGUGGUUAGACUGUUAGUAUCGUGUCUUUCUUAUUAAUUUUAUAGUUUUAUAGUGCCUCAUAAAGGUUCUAAUUCUUAUUGCGAUGCUACCUUGAUAUUUAAGUUAAUGUUUCUACUACAAGGUACAAGGAAAGAAAUUUACAAAUCAGUGUCAGUUAAACUCACUAGCUAAUUAAUUUGUAUGACAAAACACUGAUUUUUUGUUACACUAUUAAGAUUUUGGUUUCAAUAAAUGUCAGUUAUUAAGUAAAAUUUUCUCAAUUAAAAUGGAUAAAUUCAAGGAAAAGGUAUAAAUCAUGCAAUUUAAUCUUGGGACCUUUAAUAAAUUGUUUAUAGCACAAAUAUAUGAAAUUUAUAAAUUUAAAAAAAAUUUUCUUAAGGUUAUUUAAAACAAAUGUUCAUUUAAGGGGGCCUCAAAUAUGCAAGGUAUAAUAGGUAUAAUUGUACAUAUAAUAAUGUAGAAUCAUGCUUCACACCACUAAUUCUUCUAAUAGUUCUUAUUGUCCAAAAACAGUCAUAAAUUCAAUUAUUGUAAAUAGCAUUUAUUUAAGUUUUAAGUGUUAGUAUAGGAUACAAUU